AUGGGGUCUCCUCGUUGGCUCACGUUUUUGGCCCAUUUGAUUUUUCUGCAACAAUUCCGUUUCUCGGCGCGUGCGCUGUUGAACCCCGUCGAUUUUCUGGCGCUGCAAUCGAUUAGACGGGGCCUGAGCGAUUUACCCGGGUCGGGCUAUUUCUCCACCUGGGAUUUCACGGCGGAGCCCUGCGAUUUCUCCGGCGUCUACUGUGACGGAGACAGGGUGAUCGCCCUCAACCUCGGCGACCCACGGGCGGGAUCCCCGGGGCUGACGGGACGGAUCGACCCGGCCGUCGGCAAACUCUCUGCUCUGGCGGAGCUGACUAUCGUCCCCGGGAGGGUCACGGGUCCCCUGCCCGAAACCAUUUCCCAGCUCAAGCUCUUGAGGUUUCUCGCCGUCAGCCGGAACUUCAUCUCCGGCGAGAUCCCUUCCGGUUUGGGCGAGCUUCGAGGGCUUCAAACGCUCGAUUUGAGCUUCAACCAGCUCACCGGCGCCAUCCCGAUUUCCGUCGGAAGUUUGCCGGCGCUAUCCAACGUCGUUCUCAGCCACAACCACCUCACCGGCCCGGUCCCGCCCUACAACCGUCUUUCCGGCGAGAUAUCUCCAAUGUUCUCGACGGUCGAAAAUCUGUACCUGAACAACAACCGGUUUAUUGGGCGGGUCCCGGCUAGCAUCGUGGACCGGCUGCUGGCCGCCAAUAUUCAGACGCUUUACCUGCAGCAUAAUUACUUGAGCGGGAUAGGGAUUAAUCCGACGGUGGAGAUUCCUCUGAGCUCGUCGCUGUGUCUGCAGUAUAAUUGCAUGGUCCUGCCCGUAGAGACGCCCUGCCCGCUCAAGGCCGGCCCGGAUAAAUCCAGGCCCUCGUCACAAUGCAUAGAGUGGAAAGGGUAA